CACGCGCGAGGCCGCGGACGGAACCGACGCACGCGCGAGCGCCCCGACGAGCGCCCGGACGCGGGGCCUAGAGGAGCGAGCCGGAUAGCGAGCGAGCGCGAUCGACGACGCCGAGGAACGCGGGCGCUUUUCGGGUGACGCGCCCAACGCACGCGGCUCGGGGGAAUAAACACACGCGAAAGAAAGAUGGUGCACGACUCUGCCAUUCACGACGCGGGCGCGGCGAGGCGCGCGAACGUUCUCGUGGUCAACGACGACGGCAUCGCCGCCGCCGGACUCGCGAAGGUCGUCGAGGCGCUCGACAGGACCGGCAGGCUCGACGUCUACGUCGUCGCUCCCGACAAGGAGAUGAGCGCGACGUCGCACUCCAUCUCGAUACACAACGCCGUCUCCGCCACGCCGCGCGUCGUUCCCGGCGCGACGCGCGCCUUCUCCUCCAGCGGCACCCCCGCGGACUGCACCAUGCUCGGCCUCUCCGUGCUCUACCGGAGCAAGCGCUUCGACUACAUCGUGUCCGGGAUCAACCGCGGCGAUAACCUCGGCCUGCACGUCGUGUACUCCGGCACCGUCGCGGGCGCCCGCGAGGGCGCCAUGCGCACCGGCGCCGUGGGCGUCGCCGUCUCCCUCGACUCGUACUCCAGAACAGCCGACUACUCGGAAGCCGCGAGGCUCACCGCCGAACUCGUCACCUCCAUCCACGACGCGCCGGGCUUGACGGAGACGUUGCGCGGCUGCGUCCUCAACGUCAACGUCCCCAACCUGCCGCGCACGCACAUCAAGGGCGUCAAGCUGACAACCCCGGGGCUGAGCUGCACGCAGGCGGAGUGGGUCAGAGUCCCGGGCACUCGCGGCGACAGCUGUGACGAUUUAAACGAAGAUGAGACUCGAGGACCCGAUUCCGACUCGGACGGCGACUGGCGACACGACGGCGCCUUCGCCGACGGCGUCGACGAACUCCCGAUCGCGGACGCCGGCGAGGGGCUCGUCGGGACCCCCGGGACCCCCGGUGGAACCGACGACGGCGCGUGGGAGAGCGGAACGCGAUGGUUUCGGAACAAGCCCGGUCCCGCCCGGGAAGACGACCGCGAGGGCUACGAUAAACGCGCGAUGAAAGACGGGUUCGUCAGCGUGUCGGUGCUCGCGAGCGGAUACGCGACGGUGGCGUUCGAUCGGACGAAAAUACCGAAAGAAAACGCGGGUCUGGGGUUGGGAGAGACGCUGGUACGGGCGCUCGUGCCGGACGGCGCGCGUCCGGGGAUUCGCAGCGCGGCGUGAGCGGCGAGCGAGCGCCGUUCACGCACGCGUGAUGACGACGGGGAGGGGUUCGUUUGUUUGGGUUCCCCCGCCGCCGCCAGUUGUACGUAACAUUAUUUGUAAUCAAAUCGGAUCGAAUCGCGUC